GCCAACGGUCCACCGAAUCGUUGUUUCGUAGGCUACGGCUUGGAAAUGACAAGCAACCGGCGGCAAGGAUGGCCGUGGGUACUGAUCGUGUCCCUGUUGGCCUACAGUUGGUUGAUCUCAGCCAAGAUCAUGAUCACCAAGGUGGAUUAUGAGUCGGACCCAACCUAUCUCAAGAUGAGGGUGCAGAUCAACAACGAGACCCAGGGCAGCACGGUGGACGUCGAUGGGUUUCUGUUUUUCGAUGUGAACCAGGGCAUUUUCGUGAACAUCGAACUCGACUCGAAGAUGGACGGCGAGUACAUGACGAUGAUCGGCACGAGCAAGGAGAUGUGCGUCACGGACGAAGGAGGGCUGGAUCCGGUUGUGCCGAUGCUGAACGAAGAGAUGGACAAGUACGGCAACAUGAGCUUCUCCUGUCCUUACCUCCAGGGAAGCUACAUGCUGCGCCGUUUCCACAUGAGCGACGACCACAUGCUGGUGAAGAUGGUCCCACCCGGCGAUUACAUUUGCAAGAUGAACCUCCAGCACCAGCCGGAGAACGACACGAUGAAGGUGCAGGUGUUUAAGUUAGAUUUUUAUUUCACCAUUUCGUAA